CUUGAGUUCUUCCUUCUUCUGCAUGAUGUCUGACAGCGAGAAGAUGGUCUACACGCUCCUGGAGGUCCUCAUCGCUGUAGGAUGUUGCGUUGGAAAUGUGCUGGUCAUCUGGGCGGUCUGCUCGUGCCGGGCUCUCUGUCAGACCACCUUCUGUUUUGUGGUGUCUCUGGCUGUGGCUGAUUUUCUGGUGGGUGCCGUUGCCGUUCCUUUGGCUGUGGUGGUGGAUGGACGGGUCGAGACCAGUUUUCACAGCUGUCUCUUGAUCAGCUGUGUGGUCAUCGUGUUGACUCAGGCCUCCGUUCAUUCUCUCCUCGCCAUCGCCGUGGACCGAUACCUGCGAGUUUAUAAUCCAUACAGGUACAGAGGAGCGGUGAGAAAACAGAACCUAAGGGCGGCGGUCACCGUCUGCUGGCUUUCUGCUUCUUUACUGGGUCUUAUUCCUCUGUCCGGAUGGCACAACCAUGACACCACCACAAGCGUGAACUCUACUCUCAAGUGUCAUUUUCUCACAGUCAUUUCAAUGUCUUACAUGGUGAACUUUAACUUCCUGGUUUGCAUCCUCUCACCCACCAUCAUCAUGAUGGCCAUCUACGCUUUCAUCUUCUGUAAGAUCUCCAAACAGUUGAGAAGAGGAAUCGGUGAGGCAGUGGAGUCCAGGACGUUUUAUCAUAAAGAGAGGAGACUGGCUCAUUCGCUGGCAUUAGUGUUGGCUCUGUUUGCCGUCAGCUGGUUUCCGCUUCACAUCCUCAACACAUUGACCUACUACACCAGUGUCAGCGUGCCACCUCUCCUCUUUCACAUCGGUGUUCUUCUCUCUCAUGCCAACUCUGCGGUUAACCCUAUAGUGUACGCUUUCAAAAUCCCAAAGAUCAAGAUUGCCUAUAAAAACAUCUUGAAGAAACUCACAGGCUCGAAGGAGAACCCGGAUCAGAUCAGUCAGACUUUAGAUAACAACAUCAGCAGCAACUCAAACAGUAACGUCAGGUAUAGCAUGAAAAACUCUCAGAAAGACAAAACGAACAUCAAUCAGGAUGUUUAGCUGGGAAGUUGUGUCUAAAGAUUUUUAAUUGUUAAAUAAGAUAUGUACAGCUCUUGUAUUUUGUUUGCCCGUCCGCCUUUGGUGUUCUCGUUUUGUGUGAAUUGUUUUCAGGUAAAUCUACUUGGACUGUGAGCUAAAUAUUAAUUUCAAUACUUUAAAUGUGAUGUUUAGCUUGCAUUAAGUUCUAUGU